UCCAUCUUUUCUUUUCCCUCCAACAAAUCGAGCCAAAAAAUAUCGGAAGAAACUGAAAAUCUGCAAUGGCGUCCGCCUCUGCUCCGCGUAGCGGUGUACAGGGAAGAAUUGCGUCGGCGGCUACAACGCUUGCCGCCGAGAACCAGACUCUUAUUGCUGAGAUUAGAAGGGCUACAGUUAUGAUGAAAGAAGUUGGAGUCGAUUUCGAGAGGGACAACGAAUUCGACAUGGUGAAGCAGCUUGAAGAUGGAGUUGUUGACUUAGUGAAAGCUGCAGAUGAGUGUACUCAUCUUUCGAGCAGUAUCCAAUCUAUAGGAAAAGAUUACCAGCCUGCAGCUGAGCUAACUAACUUCAGUAAGCUCUUCGAUAAGAAAAUCAAAAGAUCAAAGGCUGAUGUGACAUCUCUCUCACAGAGCCAGUUAUGGUUACGACAGUUCCGUGAAGCUAUCUGGAAAGUUCAUCACGAAGGACAACCCAUGCCAGGUGAAGAGCAAGAGGACAUAAUAAUGACCAGCACGGAGUGCACUAUUCUAAACGCCACCUGUCCACUGACUGGAAAACCUAUCAUUGAACUAACGGAACCUGUUAGAAGCAUGGAUUGCAAGCACAUAUACGAGAAGAGGGCUAUCAUGCAACAUUUAAGGACGAGAACCGCACAGAUCCGUUGCCCGGUGACAGGUUGCCCGAAAAAAUUGGUCGCAGACAGAGUGGAUUGCGACCCCUUUUUACUAAUGGAAAUUGAUGAAAUGCGAUCACUUAAUGCACAACGUGCCACAGCUGGUGUGAUCGAAGAUUUCACUCAGCUGGAACAAGAUUAAUCUGUUAAAAGUUUGCAUCAAUGGCAGCCGUUUUGAGACAUUGAGACAUCAUCAAUCCACAAUGAUUUCUCCCACUGCUAACGUAGUAUUCACAAGAACAUGUUAAAUGUUCCAAUGGGUCAAGAUGCAUUAGAUGGUAUCUAAAUCAAAUGAAUUAGUAGAAGCAUCAUUCUGUUUUGUAGGAAUUUAUUUGUAAAUUUUUGUGCUUUAUUAAAGUAUCUUACCAUCUGUAGAUGCAA